UGUUGGCCCCGACUCGGCUGUAAAUUAUGAACCAACUAUAGUUCAUGAUAUUGGUUCCAACUCGGUUGAAAAUUAUGGACCAACUUCAGUUGCUUUCCAAAGCGUUGGCCCCGAUUCGGCUGUAAAUUAUGAACCAACUACAGUUCCCUUUUAUGAUGUUGGUUCCAACUCGGCUAAAAAUUAUGGACCAACUAAUCCAACUUCAGUUCCCUUUUAUAGUGUUUGUUCCGACUCGGUUGUAAAUUAUGAACAAACUUCAACUCCCUUCCAUGGUGUUGGUUUCGGCUCGGCUGUAAAUUAUAAUCCAACUAAUCCAACUUCAGUUCCCUUUCAUGGUGUUGGUUCCGAGUCGGCUGUAAAUUAUAAUCCAACUUCAGUUCCUUUUCAUGGUGUUGGCUUCGACUCAGUUAAAAAUUAUGAUCCAACUUCAGUUCCCUUUUAUAGUUUCCGACUCUGCUAUAAACUUCACGGUGUUGGUUUCGAUUUAGCUAGAAAUUGUCGAUGCAAGCGUACGAAUCAACUUCAGAUCUUUGGAUUAGAUUUUGCAGCGUCUCGAGAUUCUUUGGAAUCU